CGCACACGUCAGCAACACGCCACUCCGCGCUAGGGCGCACGCGGGCACCCCACGUGGUGUCCGCAUUCGCCCCCGGCACACGCGUCCGUGGCGGGCACCGAGGGGCGCAGCGCAGUAAGCAGAAGAUGGCUGUGCCUCCCACGUAUGUCGAUCUUGGCAAACCUGCCCGGGAUGUCUUCACCAAGGGCUAUGGGUUUGGCUUAAUCAAACUUGAUCUGAAAACAAAAUCUGAGAAUGGACUGGAAUUUACAAGCUCAGGUUCAGCCAACACAGAGACCACCAAGGUGACAGGCAGCCUGGAAACCAAGUACCGAUGGACCGAGUAUGGGCUCACAUUCACCGAGAAGUGGAACACGGACAACACACUAGGCACUGAAAUCACUGUGGAGGAUCAGCUCGCACGUGGCCUGAAGCUGACCUUUGACUCCUCCUUCUCUCCAAACACUGGGAAAAAAAAUGCUAAAAUCAAGACAGGAUACAAGCGGGAGCACAUCAACCUGGGCUGCGACGUGGAUUUCGACAUUGCUGGGCCUUCCAUCCGGGGUGCUUUAGUGCUGGGGUAUGAGGGCUGGCUGGCUGGCUACCAGAUGAACUUUGAGACUGCCAAGUCGAGAGUGACCCAGAGCAACUUUGCGGUGGGCUACAAGACUGAUGAGUUCCAGCUUCAUACGAACGUAAAUGAUGGGACAGAAUUUGGUGGCUCCAUUUACCAGAAAGUGAACAAGAAGUUGGAGACAGCCGUUAACCUUGCUUGGACUGCAGGCAACAGUAACACUCGCUUUGGAAUAGCAGCCAAGUAUCAGAUUGACCCUGAUGCCUGCUUCUCGGCUAAAGUGAACAACUCCAGCCUGAUAGGUUUAGGAUAUACUCAGACCCUAAAGCCAGGUAUCAAACUGACACUGUCAGCUCUUCUGGACGGCAAAAAUGUCAACGCAGGUGGUCACAAGCUUGGUUUAGGACUGGAAUUUCAAGCAUAAGUGGAUACUGUACAAUCAUUUAAUUUUAAACUAUUUUGCAGCAUAGCUACCUUCAGAAUUUAGUGUACCUUUUAAUGUUGUAUGUCUGGGAUGCAAGUAUUGCUAAAUAUCAUGUUAGACCUCCAGGUUCAAGAUGAUUCAGCUUUAAGGUGUUAUCCUAUCGAAGGUACAGAAAAAUCCAAUUCCAAAACAAAAGAUCCUUUCAGCUGUAGACUGUGGGGGAGGGGACUUGGCAGCCUCUCUUGAGAUGUCAAGUUCUUUUUAAAAAUGUAGAAAUGGUUGCAAGUGGAAGCUGUUAAUAUGUAGGCCCUUUGUAAAUGCACAUUGAGUAAACGAGUGAAAUUGUGAUUUCCUGAGAAUUAAACUUUGAUUCCCUCACUUAAUCUAAUCGAGGAGAGGCUCCAUCUGAAGUUCAAUGGUCUGUACAAAUUUCAUCUGAAAGGGACUUUUUUUUUUUCGAUAGAUCUUCCUGAACUGUGUUCCACCCAGCUCAUCAUCUCUUUUACACCAAAAGUUGUUACAGGGUGUGGUAGCUGUUUCUUCUGUGCCAUUUUGGGGUGGAGAAGGGGGAUAUGAUGAAGCCAAUCAUUCAGGACUUAUUUUCGUCUCACGUUGAGGUAUUUUUCGCCUUUGCGCCAGACUAUGAAAUAGCUUCUGAGAGCUCCAGCUGUAGGCUGGGAAUAGCUCUGACUAAUCACACGGGGGCAGCCCUUGGGAUCUAAAUUGGACUUCUGUUGUAUUCUCACCACUCGGUUUUUUUGUUUUGUUUAUUUUUUUUUUUUUAGCAAUUUCAUGGGUACAUUUUAGAGUCUUCCAUUUUGUGUGGAAUUAGAUCCUCCCCUUCAAAUGCUGUAAUUAACAUCACUUAAAAAUAAAAACUUGAAUAAAAUAUUGAAACCUC